AUUAAAAUUGAUUAUAGAACAAUGUAAGUACAAUAAAAUGUAAGAAUGAAAUUAAUAUAAAAAAAACAUGAAGUAUAUAUACUUAUAUACCUAUACGGCUUGCAGUAUUAAUAUAAAUUUUGAAUGUGGCCAGCAAGUUGAAAAAGGUUGGGCAUGCUUAGUUCAUAUAACAUAAAUGUGUGUAUAUUCUUACUGUACCUAUAGUCUAUAGGCUUGACACACUAGGCAGUGUACAUAACAAUAAAAUAAUUAAAAUAAAUCAUGGAAAACAUUAUACAUUGAUUAUUUUACAUAUGGAUGGAAUAAGUUAUGAUCAUACAUUUAAUUAUGCUAUAUGCCUAUAUACAUUAUAUUAUAUAAUUUAUAUAGUUUUACGUCGUAAUAUAAAGUAUUGUACACAGACGUGAUAUUAUAUUAUAUAUAUCUAUAACCAUGUAUUAUAUAAUAGUAUUAUUGAGAUUACUGAUUGAUCCGUGGCCACGGACUUAAUAUAAUGUCUAGAAACGUACAGGCGAGGGGAUGGCGGGGAGCUUGCUGAUUUCACACCUUUUCAGUGAUUUGGCUUAUUGGCUAUUGUUUUCAACGCAUCUAUGUUUACUCCGUGUCUCCGUGGUGCUUCGCAGUUUUUCACGUAACAACGUAUUAUAAUUUAGAAUAUUACUGGACGUUAUUAUUUCAUUUAUGGAUUUUCCUCGUGAUCGAUCCUUUUGUUUUAUGUGAAGUGUCGACUUUCCAUUUGCAGCGUAUCCUGUUCGUUCGCUAUUAUACGUUUCGUUAUUACAAAUUUACACUUUUCAAAUAUCAUAUUAUCAACAUUACAUUAUGUCUGAUUCAGAUAGUUCCGACUCCAAUGAAAUAGUCGGUAUUGAAGCUUCCGAAAUCAAAAAUUAUGUAAUUGUUGAGUUUCAUGAUGGUUUACAACUUAUACCACGAAAUUGGAUCGCAGUAGAUAAGUCUAUAGCUUAUUUUCCGGAUAUAACAAAAAUUAAUUCUAAACAGUUUGAUAAAUUGGUGUUAAAUACAGAACAACCGCAUUCUUCUUGGGAAACUUUUGAAAUAAAAAAAAUAUGGGCAUCAUCAGAUGACUUUAUAAGAGGUAAACAAAAAUUGAGAAUAGCUCUUACUCUCUCUGAAACGGAAGAUAUUAAUUCGGAUAGAGAUGAACUGAUUUCUAAACACAAAAGAAGAUUAUUAGCUGCAAAAAAACCAAAGCAUACUCGUAAAAUAACAAUUGACAAAAAGAAACAAACACCAAAAAAAUACACUACAUCAUCCAUUCCUCCUCUGCCAAAACCUUUUUUUAAUCAAUCUGGAAAUAAAUCACCUUAUCAAUCGCCUUCUAAAAAUUCAACUCUUAUUGAUCAAAAUGCUCUAGAUGACUUGAACUUUAAGUAUCACGAACCUUCAAAUCCAGUUAUAAAAAUACAAUCAAAUAUAGAAAUUUCGCCAUUAAAAUUAUGCAAUAAUCAUCGUCAAAUGAGACAACUACAAAAUGAUAGUGUUAAAAAUACUGGUUAUCAGUUUUCUCAAGGACCAUUGGAAGGAAUGGAUAUGAGCAGUUCUCCAUUAUUUAUGUCAUCUUCGUCUAAAGUUAAGCCUGUUUCAAAUUCAACACCUAAAUUCAAACCCAAUAACUCUGGAGUUAUAAGAGAACUUUUUAUAGACUCUCCAAUUACAACACCUAAAAAGAUUACCAGUAAUAGAAAAAACUCAAAUUUUACAAUAUCUACACUGAUUGAACUAAAUGUAAAAUUGAACAAAGUAAUUUUAAACCAGGCAAGACAACAACAAAUGCUUGAAAAAAUAUGCAAACAACUUAAACCUAAUAACGAUGAAAGCAUGUGUGAUGAUGAUGAUGUUAUUUUGGAAGGAUUUCCAAUUGAUAGUUUAGCUAGAUUAAAUGAAGUUAAUAUGACUCUUAAGACUGAUAAAUCAUAUUUAAAAAAAUUGAUCAAAAAGCUUAGACAAUUUCAUGGUCCGAGCGUAUCGUUAGUCACUAAAUCUAUUAUGAAUCUACUUUUUACAAAUCAUUUUGGAUGUAAAAUGUCUUUGACUGGCCGGGGUGCACUAAAUAAAAAAGAUAAAGAACCUCUUAAAACUACAUUGCUAUUUAAAAUUAUAUCUGGAGUUAUUUUAAAAAAUGUCAAAGGAGCAAGUGUAACAUCUAUUAAUAAAGCUGUAACAGGUUGGCUCAAACAUGCCAAGGAACGUUAUGAAAGACACAUCAAACAAAAUUCUGAUCCCUAACCUUUGACAAAUAAGAUGUUUGAUUACUUUUUAUCUUUCUAAAUAAUAUGUAAUAAUUUAUAUUUUUCAAUAUUGUUAUAUUUAAAUAUCGUAUUUAAUUUUUAUAUUUAUUUUGUAUUCAAGACAGAAUUAGUUAUUUUUUAUAUUAGGCAUUUAAAAUAUAUUAUCAUGUUUAAUUUUUCAUUACUUUUAAGAAGUAAUUUAAAUGUUUUUAUUUUGUUAUAUUUAAAUACUGUACU